AUGGCUGUCCACAAUAUCUCUAAGAAUUCCUCCUGCAGUCCCCUGCCGACAGCUCAUUUAACCAGGCUCUAUUUCGUAGUGCUCAUUGGCGGUGUGCUGGGCGUCAUCUCCAUUUUGUUCUUUCUGGUGAAGAUGAACACCCGGUCUGUGACUACCACUGCCGUUGUUAACCUGGUGGUGGUCCACAGUGUUUUUCUGCUGACUGUGCCUUUCCGCUUGAGCUACCUCCUGAAGGAGACUUGGACGUUUGGGCUUCCCUUCUGCAAAUUCGUGAGUGCCAUGCUGCACAUCCACAUGUACCUCACGUUCCUGUUCUACGUGGUGAUCCUGGUCAUCAGGUACCUGAUUUUCUUCAAGCGCAAGGACAAAGUGGAAUUCUACCGGAAGCUGCAUGCUGUGGCUGCCAGUGCUGGGAUGUGGCUCUUGGUGAUUGUUUUUGUGGUACCCGUGGUUGUUUCUCAGUAUGGGAGCCUCAAGGAGUACAACGAACAAUACUGUUUUAAAUUUCACAAGGAACUUGCUCGUGUGUAUGUGAAAGUUAUUAACUAUAUGAUAGUCUCUGUUGUCAUAGCCAUUGCACUAAUUCUCUUGGUCUUCCAGGUCUUCAUCAUUAUUUUAAUGGUUAGGAAGCUACGUCACUCCUUACUAUCCCAUCAGGAGUUCUGGGCUCAGAUGAAAAAUCUAUUUUUUAUAGGCAUCAUCCUUACUUGUUUUCUUCCCUACCAGUUCUUUAGGAUCUAUUACUUGCAAGUUGUGGGACAUGCCAAUGACUGUGACAACUAUGUUGCAUUUUAUAAUGAAAUCUUCUUGAGUGUAACAGCAAUCAGCUGCUGUGAUUUGCUGCUCUUUGUUUUGGGGGGAAGCCAUUGGUUUAAGCAAAAGAUAAUUGACUUAUGGAACUGUCUUUUGUGCCGGUAA